CUCGCUUCUCCGCAAUGAGGAAGAGGAAGGCGAUCGCUCGCCACCUUGUCUCAACCGUUAGUGAAAGGCGGCAGGCGCCGUCAAGGAUCAACAGCAUGAGCCUCGCCUGCGGGCGCGCCUUCAUAGUGAUCGCCUGAAGGCGAACCACCAGUGCGGGCAGGUCAUCUCCUUUGACGCUCGCGCACCGACACAGCGAGUACCUGAUUUGCUGAAGGUAGCGGGACUGCCAGGAGCCUCUGCCGGCGACCGCACUACGCCGUAGCAAGGGCAAACACCCAGCCUACCGAACGGCUAUAGUCACCGCGCCGAGCAAGGUUCCGGUGGUAACGGCCAUGGCGUACUACACAAGCUACAUCCGGACGCCCUCGGGCGUGCUCAAGAUGUUCCAGAUUCUGGUAGGCCUUGUGAUCGUCAUCAGCCUGAUGAAGUACAACUACGAUCAGCAGGAGAUGGCCUACACCUUCCGCCUGGACACGGUGCUCAUGGCGAUGACCGCCUUCACUUUCAUCCUCGUCUCGGCAGUGCUCCUCCUGUGCGCACUGCUAGACGGCCCCAUGCACGGCUUCAGCGUCACCUACCGACUGCUGAACGUGUUCGCAGUGUUCUGCUACCUCCUCUCCACCACAGGCUACCUGGCUUCCGAGUUCCGCUACGGCGUCGACUGGCACUUCGGCCUCUCCACGGGACUGCUCUGCAUCGGCAAUACUGUCGCGUACGGAGGCAACACGUUCCUCGCCUACAAGACUCUGCUGGAGUGAGCCCUGUCGAGCGACCGGUAGCGAAAACCAAGCCUAGUCCUUCCGAUCGGGUAGCGCUACCGCUACACCCUACAUCAACACCUCACUGUGGAAGCCGACUAGUGCUGCAACGUGUUCACCCAUCUGCGUUCCUUCUUUCCUGCCCCCUACCCCCCAUUUUUUUUCUUUUGAAAUGUGGUCUUCAUUAAAUGUCGAUGUCGA